UGAAAGCGAAAUGGCGGCAGCUAGGCUUCCUCCGUCUAUUUUGGAGGUUUUAUUCAGUUUUCUCGACAUUGAUGAUCUCAGAAACUGUGCUCUAGUGUGCAAGUAUUGGUAUAGAUUCCUCAAUGACGAAAAUAAUGACGUUUGGCGCUUCCACUGCAUCAGGAAACUCGCAGAGGUGGCCCUAAAAUCUAACAUCCUGAGCAAUGUUCCAACUUACAAGGCAAAACUGAGGGCAUUUUUUCAUGCUUGGAACCCACUUGACUGUUCUAGAAACAUGUAUAUCAAAGAUAAUGGAUUCACGAUACAUCGAAAUCCCGUUGCUCAAAGCACGGACGGAUCUCGGGGAAAAAUAGGAUUUAAAAACGGCCGGCAUUGCUGGGAAAUAUGGUGGGAGGGGCCACUCGGAACUGUAGCGGUUAUCGGAAUAGCGACAAAAAAAGCGCCGAUGCAGUGUCAUGGAUACGUGGCAUUGUUGGGGAGCGACGAUCAAAGCUGGGGAUGGAAUUUAGUCGACAACCAUUUAUUACAUAAUGGUGACAGUCAAGGAAACUACCCACUGUUGAAUAAUGCACCGAAAUAUCAGGUUGGAGAACGUAUACGGGUUAUAUUGGACUGUGAAGAUAACACAUUAGCCUUUGAAAAGAAUUAUGAAUUUUUAGGUGUAGCAUUUCGUGGUCUACCGGACACUCAUCUCUACCCCGCCGUGUCUGCAGUCUAUGGCAAUACGGAGGUGUCUAUGGUCUAUCUAGGGCAGCCCCUUGAUGGAUGAACUGUUAUAAAGCUAGGAAAUUUUGGAUCAAAUUUGUUCAGUUGUACUAGGAUAUGUAUAUUGCGUUUCUGCAUCCAAGAAUAAGGGUUGUGCAGACUGCUGGUCACUGGCGGUGCUGGAAAAGGAAUGCAGUUUUGUGUGGUGUAUCUUCACCUUAAGAGAGAGCUGGCAGUUCCUUGGUUGAGCUUGAGAUCAAGUCAGUCUGCUGCCGUGCUUGUUGGACUGAUACAGAAACAGAUCAGCUUGAGAUCGAGUCGGUCAGCUGCCAUGCUUGUAGGACUGAUACAGACACAGAUCAGCUUGAGAUCGAGUCAGUCAGCUGUCAAGAUUGUAGGACUGAUACAGAAACAGAUCAGCUUGAGAUCGAGUCAGUCAGCUGCCAAGCUUGUAGGACUGAUACAGAAACAGAGAUCAGCUUGAGAUCGAGUCAGUCAGCUGUCAAGCUUGUAGGACUGAUACAGAAACAGAGAUCAGCUUGAGAUCGAGUCAAUCAGCUGCCAAGCUUGUAGGACUGAUACAGAAACAGAUCAGCUUGAGAUCGAGUCAGUCAGCUGCCAAGCUUGUAGGACUGAUACAGAAACAGAGAUCAGCUUGAGAUCGAGUCAGUCGGCUGCCAAGCUUGGAGGACUGAUACAGAAACAGAGAUCAGCUUGAGAUCGAGUCAGUCGGCUGCCAAGCUUGUAGGACUGAUACAGAAGCAGAGAUCAGCUUGAGAUCGAGUCAGUCAGCUGCCAAGCUUGUAGGACUGAUACAGAAGCAGAGAUCAGCUUGAGAUCGAGUCAGUCAGCUGCCAAGCUUGUAGGACUGAUACAGAAACAGAGAUCAGCUUGAGAUCGAGUCAGUCAGCUGCCAAGCUUGUAGGACUGAUACAGAAGCAGAGAUCAGCUUGAGAUCGAGUCAGUCAGCUGCCAAGCUUGUAGGACUGAUACAGAAGCAGAGAUCAGCUUGAGAUCGAGUCAGUCAGCUGCCAAGCUUGUAGGACUGAUACAGAAACAGAGAUCAGCUUGAGAUCGAGUCAGUCAGCUUCCAAGCUUGUAGGACUGAUACAGAAACAGAGGUCAGCUUGAGAUCGAGUCAGUCAGCUGCCAAGUUUGUAGGACUGAUACAGAAGCAGAGAUCAGCUUGAGAUCGAGUCAGUCAGCUGCCAAGCUUGUAGGACUGAUACAGAAGCAGAGAUCAGCUUGAGAUCGAGUCAGUCAGCUGCCAAGCUUGUAGGACUGAUACAACAACAAAAAUCAACUUGUAUAUUAUUCCUAGGAGGGACCAAUUGACUGACAAUAAUACUCAGGUUGCUCAGGUCGUCAAAGACUCGCAUGGUCACAGACAUCGUUCCUUAUCAGUUGUAUUAAAUUGGAAAUGAAUGUGAAAUUGGAAAUUUCGGUGAACAAGAUCCGAUUUUUGGAGGGCAGGGCAUUGUGUGAGUGUAUUUAACAAGCAGUCCAAAGGCCUACCAAGGUUGGAUGCUUAAGUAAAUCUUAAGUAGCUUAUGAUUUCAGUGAUUUUGUGGAAAAAUCCUGACGGUGUGGCAUGAAAUUACCAAAUAAUUUGAUCGACAAUUCUUUCCAAAAGAGCCAUUGCAGUCUGUACUUUUAGACGGAAUGUAUGAACCUGAGAAUUCAAGUUGCAACGAGACAAAAAUUUUAAAAUUGAGAUUAUUUGUUCUGAAAGCCUGGUCUACAUAAUCAAACUUUUGUUUGCAAACAUCAGCAAACUUUGUGUUCCGUCAUGAUUUCCACCAUGGCUAUUGGAAACCAGUCUUUAGACUUGAAAUAAGCACGACUGAUUAUGAUAUAUUUUUGUUUGGGAAGCACUGCAGAAUGAUUGAUUGUGAUAUGAACUGUAGCAUGUUACAGCACAUUGAAAGAAUAGUACCAGUACAUAGGAGAAAGUGUCAUAUACUAAACCUUUAUAGGACAGGAUUUCUAGAUAGGAUCCCUAUAUAGGAACUAUCCUAUAUAGGAUCUGUAAAGGAUUUAGAUUUGUGGAAGGAAACAUUUUUUGGUGAAAAAGAAGAUGAAAAAGAAUUUUUAUGAGAAAAAAUUUAGGUUUUGCCAUUUCCAAUGUAGGAUUUUCAUAGGAAUCCUAUAGGAUUUGUGAAGGUUUUAUAGAGGUUCGGUAUCGGACAUUUUACUCUAUGUUUGAUGGUAUUUGCAUGAAAUGAUUUGAACAUAAAACCAAACAUUACAAAAUGUAUAGGAGCACUAAUUCACUGUGUACAUAUUCAGUAUUUGAAACUGUUCUCAGGGAAAUUAAGACGACGCUUAAUAAUCAAAGAAUAUUACUAUACCUUUGGUUGGUUCCAAUCAGGUUGAAUGUACUCACUAUGAUGUAUGCUGUGUAAAUGUAUAGGAUUUUCAGUCUAAUUUGAGGUGAAACAAAAACCAGGUGGUCUGAGGAUGAUAAGUGUGUAACUUUUGAGAAAGAAAGAAAAUGUUUCUUGCAAAAAUGUAGGAUACAAAUCCUCGGCAAAGUUUUUGAGUUGUACAUGACAUUUUGAACCAGGGACCUCUUGACCGCAAGUCAAAUGUCUGAGUCGCUAGACCACAGCGCCUCCUAUUUUGGCCAGUAUAGAACAUUGUAGUAUUAGUAUUGAAGGUUAUGCAGCGUGCACUCGAUUCAAAAGGACUUUCACUUUGAAAAUUGUAUUGUAAACGGCAAUUCUAUGUAUUGUAAGGUUGAGUGGUACAAUUAUACCCCCAUUACAACUCUUGUAUAAGCAAUAGUGGGCUCUGUGCAUUUUUGUAAAUUUUGGGUUGGAUGCAGAAAUGAACAGGGAUAGUAUAUGUCCUCAGGGCAAAACUGUUUGAAAUCAAAGUUCGAAUUAACAUUAUGUAUAAUUUCAAAAAAUCACUUGGUGUGCAUUUUAAGGUAAGGUGGAACAAUUAAAGCCUCAGUGCAAAUACAGCCUGUAUGUUCCCUACUGGGUGCUAUCAGUUGUUUUUUUACACUGAAGGGGCUAUAAUUGUAUCACUUUACCUUAACUUGUGUGUUUUGUACGCACUUUAAAGACCUCUUUAAAAGUCUUCAAAGUGCACCUCUCCCACAAAAAAUACAAAAAUGCACCUUUUAAUCCAAGGGGCUCAUUUUGUUACAGGUUAGUUGCAGGCCAUUUGUGAUCCCACCCGAUUUUAUAUUUUGCACAAUUUUGUCGCAAAGUUUUGAUGAUUAUGACUAGGAACAUUUUGCAAGCUACCUGUAACAACAGGUGUGAAAAUAUCUCAAUUUCUUCUGUGCCAAUAAAAUUGGAAAAUUAAAAUGACCAAGAUUUAUGAGUGACACACUUGUGGAUGUAAAACCGAAGUUUAACCAUCAAUUGCAAACCAGAAAAAGUAUGCACGAUUAAACGAUAGUGCAGCUAGGCUGAAUAUUCCUGGUUUUAUCAAGAUUUUGUCCAUUUUGUUUUGUAUGACUUUUUUGUUUUGUGAUUUUUAGGCAGCUAUAUCAUUUACAGAUUCUGUUGUGUUACAUAUCUAUGUUUGUAGCCGUAGUGAUGAAAUGUAUCAUCAGAUUUUACUUUACUUAUCCAAGAGGAGCUUUAUAUCCUAGUGGUUAACAUAAUACGUAAUAGGGUCGAGGUUUGCUCCCAGGGAGAACCCAGGAUUGUAUUUCGGGAUGAACUGGCAUAGCUUUCGUAGAACUAAAAUUCCUUGCUCUUAACAAAAGGUUGGUGGCUCAAUAUGAGGUAAAUCAAUGAGGGUGCGUCGGAUGUAACUAUGUACCCUUUGAUCACAUGUUCCAUGGGUGAUAUGAAUAAAGGCUAGCAAAUGCUUUUGCUUCAAUUUUGUACAGAAAGGCCAAGUGUAAAUGUACAUGGAGUUUUAGAUAAAAGCAUUUACUACUCUUUAUUCAUAUCACCCCAUGUUAGGCCUUUGAACAAAAUUCAAGUUGGCCUGUCCCGUAAACCAAAAAAUAAAAAACAUGUGGCCUAAAAAUCAAUUGUUGUAGUAUCUCUUGAUUGAUGCAUUAGAGCUUGAACUUGCGUAACAUCACUUGUUAGAUUGAACACUUGCUAACAUUUUCAAACAUUGCCUUAUCGCUUCUAGCCUCUGUUAAGGGGACAAUAUGGAUGUGGGAUUCGUGCAGUGCACUCCUUGGUGCUUGUAUACCGUCAUAGAUUCAUUUUCAGAUUUACAUCGAUGUGUAUCGCCAACUCCCGUUUGAAAUUUGUCCUGUGUGUGCUACUUGUUUUGUAAAAUUAUACUGUCAAUUGGUCAGGAGCAGUCAUGACUUAGAAAUGGCAGCACCUGUAUUGUUGUCGUAUGUGGUGCUGUCAUCUAGAAAAGCAUGACGGCUCCUGAAUGACAUUUACAGAAUUUCAUUUUGUUGUUAGGCAAUAAUACUUAUAGUCUGCAGCUGUCUGCUAUAAUGUGACAUGGCUGAUCAUGGAGGCAACCAUUAUCAGUCCAGAAUGGGAUCGUUUUCCAUCCAUAAAUUUGGUGGAUGGGAACCAGUCCUUUUCUGGACUGAUUAUGGUGGUGUGCUGCUUUUGAUCAGUCAGAAGUGCAUAAGACUUGUAUCCUUUUGUGACUCAUAUGAUUCAUUAUGUAAAGCCGUCAUCCAUUUAUGAAUUGCUGGAUGGUAAUCAAUACCCUUCUAGACUGAUUGUGGUAGUGUGCUGCUUUUGGUCAGUCAGAACUUCAUAAGACGUGUAUCCUUUGUGUGACUUGUGAGGUUUGUUAUGUGAAGAGGUCAUCCAUUUAUAAUAGAUAUCCAAGUAUCUGACUUCACUACUAUUUGUACCCCUCCAGUGUUGUGGGGGAAUAAUGUCUGAUUUGUGAAAAAGGGCUACUGCCCCUGCCUUUUUUUCGGGACAUUUUAGUUGACCCGGCCUGUUGUGCACCAGGACUAGGUAUUCCUGUGGUUCAAGUUGUCCUUUAAAAUUGUUGCAACUUUUGUCAGCAACAAUAUGGUAUGUAACUGUAUCUUUGUUGUUUUGAAUUCUGCUGUUUUUCUAUCAAAGAUUCUUCUCUUAAUCUUUUUAGAGGAUGGUUCUCUUAAGAUUGAUUCUGUUUCUAAAAGUGGCAAACUCCAUUGGUAAUGGUUUCAAUCCAUACCAAGGCAAGUCUUUCCCAGGGCAGUGAGUAGCUGCUGUUAUUGGAACCUUUCGUGUGGGGUUAGAAAUCCUGGUACCUGAGCUAUGAUUCUUGCCCCCUUACAAUAAAAACCAGCAGCAUCCUUGACAAUCAGAGCAUUGUUAAAGUUUUCAGUUAUAAAAAAGCAUGCCUUGGGAGUUAAAUAUAAUUGAAGUGUCUUACCAUAUGAGGUUUGUCUUAAAAUAUAAUUAUGUUAAAUCAUUGGGUGUUGCAAAAUGGUCUUAAGAAGUUAUCUCAAAGUAAACUUAAAUACAUGUAAUGUGAAUGAAAAUGGUGAAGUAGAAAUGACAUUUUUCACUCUGCCAUGCAGUGACUAGAGUUUUUUCUUAAUAUGGCAUGAAACAUCAAGACUUCUAGCCAAAGGGCACAGUGUUCCAGGUUGGGUAUUUUGGUCCCAAACAUUUUAUUGAAUAAAUGUAGGAUGUUAU